ACAAUGUCAACAGAACCGCUCACGCUGAAAGCCAUUGAACACCACGAUAAAGUCCAUCCAAGGCUGUCUCUCUCCAAACACAAGGCCUCAAAGGAUGGGCUGAGCAGUCAAAAAAAUCGAUCUCGACUCAUGAGCCGGAGCGAAUCGAACAGAUCAAUAUCCAACAGCCAGCAUGAGCUGUCCGGUCGAUCCCCAGAGAGACAGCUGUCAAGGUCAUCUCUGACCAACACUAGACCGUCUGCCGGACUAUCCGUGUUCCGGCUUAUCGCCGCCGCACGGGCCUGGAAAAAACUCUCACAGAAACGAUGUCCGGUGCCGGAGACGCCAAAAAUCCGUUACGAGAACACGUUUCGGCUGCAACCGGACCCCGACCGGACAUUCAAAGCGGAUAAAAUUAAACCUGUAAUCAACGAUAUACUGAAGAGGUACCUGCGUCAUUUUAAAUACACACAAGACGGAUCGAAGCAGAUGUGCUUGGCCAUUUCUUCAGAGGUCAAAUCAAGGGUCAAAGGUUUUGAUUUUCCCCGGUAUAAAAUCGUCUGCAAUGUUAUAAUUAUGCAGAACAAAGGUCAAGGUUCGGAGAUUUGCAGCCGAUGUAUUUGGAGCCCGGAAACCGACUCCUUCGCGUCUGAAACUUUCAAAACUGGACACAUAAUCUGUGUAGUCAGCGUGCAUGCCGUGUACUUCGAGUGACGGGGAUCUAGGUCAUGGGCUAUUUUUAGAAUUUAAUUAGAGAAGCGGCGAUAAACUUGAACUCUGGUUGAAAGCCACGAGAGGAGAGUUGACCUUUUGACGAACUGACCGGCCACUUAAUUAGCUGACAAGUAUGUAAGCAGUUGACCUAGUUUUAGCUGUCAGCAAACGUGAAAGUUGAGUCGUACAG